AUGUUCAAUAAUGGAUCAUCAUCGUUACAUGGAAGGGACAAUAAAAGUUUUGUGUGCUUGGCGAGAAUCAGUAAUGGUCUGGUGGUUUCAUCACAGAAUGGAUCAUUCAGUUCGGCAAGAAGUGCGCGACUUCGACGAGACACUAACGAUUUUACGGAUGUUGAUAGUGGAUACCAUGUCGAUUUGGUGAAAACGAAUACACUUUAUCGAAGAACAUCGAAGUUCUUUUCGGAUAAGAUCGUCUUCGAUAGUGAGCGUCGAAGUGAGGAAGAUUUGAGACGAACACUUUCCAGGAGACGUGAAUUCGGGUGA